GCAAGGUGCAAAUAAGCUUAUCAGUUUUUCUAAAAAAUAAAAUAAAAUAAAAAGCAUGUCAAAGCGGAAACGUCUUGCAAAUGAAGACUGGGAAAUGACUUCAUCAUCAUCAACAGAUACGGAUAGUGAUGUUGAAGAAAUAAAAACAGAAAAACAACAACAAAAACCCUGUGGCUUAUUGUUUUUACCAUUUGAAAUUCUCUCCAACAUUUUUAUUCUUUCUUCGAAUCCUCAUUUACCAAUUGUUUGUCGUCAACUUUAUAACCGAUUAUACUUUGCCCCUAAUUUUAUUAAACUUCAAUUUAUUAUGUAUCGUGCUCAUAACGAUCUCCCAAAGGCAUUUGAACAUGCUCUUCGAUUCCCUUUUUUUGACAUGGACUUGAUGCAUAGGUUCGAUAAUUUAAACGGUAAACCUAUUCCAUAUCAAGACAAAAAAAUACCAGCACGAUUAUUUCUAUCUGAAUCCAAUACCUUAAAUGAUGAACUUGUGCUAGCAUUAUUAGAAAGAGGCGCAUCCCCAAAUCGACCCAAAGGAUAUCCACUAAUUAAAUCAGCUCAGUUAGGUCGCUUAGAUCAAGUUAAGUUGCUUAUAAAAUAUGGCGCAGAUCCAACAAUACGCAAUAAUAUGGCUCUUAGAGUAUGUGCAGCAAGAAAUAAUCGUGCAAUGGUGGACUAUUUCUUGGAUGAAUUAAAAGUAAAACCAGAUAGUGAAACUUUGAAGGUAUGUGUUCAUAGAAAUUUAUGGGAUAUGAUUCAAGUCCUAGUGGAUCAUGGUGCAGUUCCUGACAUGUCAACAAUUAAUGAUACUUGAUGAUAAAUCGAGAAAAUGUAAAAAUGUAAAAAAGAAAAAAAAGCCCUAUUUAUAUCAUAGACUUUGUAUCACAUAAACAGUUGUACAGAAUGUAAAUAUAAUAAUAAUUUUACUACAGCGGCGUUAACAAGUAACAGCUCCAAAUAGCCGCUUCCUCAUUUCUUAAUCAGUAUAACUUUAAUAAUGCAGCAAAUCUUUAAACAGAUUGAUUGAAUACCCAAUAAAAUAUCAAAUUAAUUUAAG